AUGUCAAAAUAUGAACCCCUCCCACCAGAAGAUGGCGCUCGGCCACGGCACCCGACACGAGCAGCCACGUUUGCCAAACAAUCUAUGCUUUGGAUUACACACGCUGCAUUUUUCCUUGUUUCCUUGACAUUGCUCGUCGCGAGCUACAGUCGGAAUAACCAGUCCUGUUCUUGUGCUCCUGCUGAGCCCAUUAUCUACUCUCCAGCACAGCCAGCCGUAGAAUAUAUUACGCAACAGUUCCAUGGCGCCCUUAAUCAUAAAUCAGCGUACAAAGGGACUCCAAGGAAAGAGUUAGAUGAUGCUUGGGAUGCUCUCUCAUCCGGCUCAAUACUGCCUGGUCCCACCCUUUCCAUCUCAGAAGAAGAACUGCAUCUUAUCGGGAAAGACUUUAGGGCCAAUGCCACGGUCAAGAUCCCAGAUGAGUUCGGAGGCGGAUACUUUGCUACGCUGGAAGUUUUCCAUAAUUUGCAUUGUUUGAAUCUCGUACGUAUGGCGACGUAUAUGGAACAUUAUGAGAAAGAGCAUGCUUUUGGCGAUCACUGGCUUCGCAAUCAUGUCGAUCACUGCAUUGACAUGAUCCGCCAAAGACUCACUUGUACCGCUGACAUUGGUCUCGUUACGGCUGUGUGGGUUGAUGGGUAUAGUGAGCCGUAUCCGGAUUUCAGCACGAGACAUCAGUGUCGGAAUUUUGAGAUGAUUCGAAAUUGGGCGAUGGAUAGGGCGUUGAAUGUUUCGAUGGAGGAAGUGGUUGCUGCGAGAGGGGCGGUUAGUUUGUCAGACACUCCAAAGUGA